AUGGACAAAUUUGAGCCGCCAUCUUGUUUAAGGUUCGAAGGCAACCUUAGUGAAAAUUGGCAGAAAUGGCGCCAAGAACUAGAACUCUAUCUUACUGCUACUGAGAAGGAUGGAAAAUCUGACAAAAUAAAGAUAUCAAUACUUCUCACAUGCGUCGGAAAGCAAGGUAGAGAAAUUUAUAAUACGUUUCAGUUCGUCGAAGGAGAGGAAAUGAAAUUCAAAGUCGUUGUACAAAUGUUUCAAGAUUACUGUAGUCCAAGAAAGAAUAUUACAUUUAUGCGCCACAAAUUCUUUACAUGUAAGCAGAGAGAUGGUAAAUCUUUUGAUGA